GUGUCACUUCUGUUGUUGCAAUAUCUCUUGAAAUUAGCUGCCAAAAUGGUUAAUAAGGAUCAAGUGAAGAAAAACAUAAAAGAAUUAUGCAAAAAUGACAAAUAUUCCAUUUUACUUCCUACUUAUAAUGAAGUGGAGAAUUUACCGAUAAUAAUAUGGCUUAUUGUGAAAUAUAUGGAAGAGAGCGAGCUUGCCUACGAAAUUAUUGUAAUAGAUGAUGGUUCACCAGAUGGUACUCUGGAUAUGGCUAAGCAAUUGCAACAGGUUUAUGGCGAGGAUAAAAUAGUUUUAAAGCCCAGAGAGAAGAAGUUGGGAUUGGGGACUGCUUACAUGCAUGGAAUUAAAUAUGCAACAGGAAACUUUAUUGUUAUCAUGGAUUCUGAUUUGUCUCAUCAUCCAAAAUUUAUUCCAAAAAUGGUUGAGCUGCAACGAUAUCUCAAUUUAGAUAUAGUUAGUGGUACAAGAUAUAUACAAGGUGGUGGUGUUUAUGGAUGGGAUUUUAAAAGAAAGUUAGUCAGUAGAAGUGCAAAUUUUCUAACACAGAUUUUGCUGAGACCUGGAGCAAGUGAUUUGACUGGUAGUUUCAGGCUUUAUAAAAAAGAUGUAUUGGAAAAGUUGAUACAAUCUUGUAUGUCUAAAGGUUAUGCAUUCCAAAUGGAAAUGAUAAUUAAGGCUAGGCAAUUCAAUUAUACAAUAGGAGAAGUUCCAAUUACAUUUGUUGACAGAGUCUAUGGUCAAUCCAAAUUUGCUGGAUCAGAGAUUUUCCAGUUUGUAAAGAAUCUUUUAUAUCUCUUUGCUACCACAUGAAGAUGAGCAUUUUCCUUUAAGAAUAGGAAAAAUUCUAAUUUUCCAUAAAUGUCAAACUUCCUGGCUAAACAUUUUAUACUUUGUACUAUGUAAAUGUCUAAGUAUGACCAAUAUGUAUGAAUAUAUAAUUAAAAAAUAUGGAUAUAUUAAAAAAAAUGACAUAUACAUAUAUAUAU